AUGAAGAAAGAAUUGAUAAGGAGGGUAUUAGACAGUGCCCCCAAACUGUUCAACAACCCAAUGAUUACUGACAAAAAAAAACAUUUCUCUUGCAGAAUCUACAGUGCAGAGUUCUAUGUUUUUAUCAGCCCACAUCAAAGAGAGAAGAUGAACAAUGUGACUGAAUUUAUUCUUUUGGGAAUUACAAAGAAUCCAGAGCUAAGAAAAAUAUUCUCGGUUUUAUUCCUAAUAAUGUAUGUAGCUACAAUGUUAGGAAACAUACUGAUUGUGGUAACAAUAACCAGAAGCCCUGGUCUAAGGUCACCCAUGUAUUUCUUCCUUAAGUCACUAUCCCUCAUGGAGAUAACUUACUCUUCUAUCAUUACCCCCAAGUUAAUUGUGGACUCUUUCUCUGAGAACAUUUCCAUUUCAUUGGAAGGUUGCAUGACUCAGCUCUUUGUGGAUCACUUCUUUGGUGGUGUGGUGAUAAUCCUUCUCAUUGUGAUGGCCUAUGACCGCUAUGUGGCCAUCUGUAAGCCUCUGCAUUAUAUAACUAUCAUGAGCCCGAGAACAUGCCGCCUGAUGGUAGGAGGGACUUGGGUAGGUGGAUUUGCACAUGCAACCAUUCAGCUUCUCUUUAUGCACCAAAUACCUUUCUGCGGCCCCAAUAUCAUAGAUCACUUUAUGUGUGAUUUAUUUCCACUGCUGAAACUUGCCUGCAUGGACACCUAUAUUCUAGGUCUCUUAGUCAUUCUCAACAGUGGAGUGAUGUGUAUGGCCAUUUUCCUUAUUCUAACUGCUUCCUAUGUGAUCAUCCUCUGCUCCCUAAAGUCCUGCAGUUCUGAAGGAAGGCGAAAAGCCCUCUCCACGUGUACUUCUCACUUCAUAGUGGUUGUGUUGUUCUUUGUGCCCUGUAUUUUCUUGUAUGUCAGACCUGUGGUCACUUACCCAGUAGACAAGAUAAUGGCUGUGUCCUUUACCGUUAUUGAGCCAAUGUUAAAUCCUUUGAUCUACACCUUGAGGAAUGCAGAGGUGAAAAAUGCCAUAAAGAAGCUUCUGAUGAAACAGGGGACACUAGGUAGUCACUAG